AUGGUUAGGCUAAAGAAAAUCUUCGUUUCACCGCAACAGCCACGUCACGGUGUUGAAGUCACGGACGAUGAUCAUACGGACAGCUUCGCAAGUCCUUCCACCCAGGUAUCUGUUCUCUGUGAAGUGAACAAAGGUCUGCAGGCCAGUAUUAGUGCCACAGAACAGAAGGUCAUCAAGUGUCGGGACAGAAGCGCUGUGUUGGCCAGCGAACUUCGGCGGAUUCAGGCACACAAGGAACGACUGGAGGAGCAGCUCGUGGCGGCGCAGGCCAACUCAAAACUACAGACGUCAAGAAUGCAAUACACCGAGGAACAAGGAAAAGCUCUUCGAAAGAAAAUUCACGAGGGGGAGGAAGUAUUCGCGAUGAAACUUCGAUCAGCUAAGGACGAAAUUGAACGACGACUUGCGCGCUCUCAGUUGGCAUUAGAGAGAGCGGAGAGUGAAAAACAGGCUGCAAUGCGCGAGAUCCGGCAGUUGCAGAGGCGAAUCGACGAAUCUUCAAAGGAGGCUGACGUAGAAAGAAAGCGCGGACGCGAGUUUGAAGAAGAGAAGAACAAAUUUAGCGAGCAGAUAAAGGAUCUGGAGGCGCGCCUGCAUGACGCCAGGCUGCAGUGCUCGCUUGAGAAGGCGCGCCGGUUGGACGUGAAACGUCAAGUGGAGGACGCCCUUGAGCGACGUGAGAAGCUCAAGAGAGACCUCAUUACCGCUUGCAGUGAACUCAGCUCGUCAAAUAAUAACAGCGGAAGGUUGACUGGACUUAGGAAUGACGCACGCAACCUGAUGGCACGCGCUCCCAACUACGGCGCUUAUUGA